GAAGUCGCAACACUUAGAACAGUCAAGACAUGAUCUGGGAAUGGACAUGGUAGACCGUUCACUGUCUCGCUGUGAGAAAAACAGGACCGUAAAACAUAUUUAAACUGGAAGGUCCGCCGAAAAUCAAGAUGCCUGCGAACCAGACUCGACCCAGGGCAAGGGAGAGAAACAAUGCGCUGAACAGACCCGAGUUUAUAUCUCUAAAUCAGCCUUUGAAGAGCGGUAGCGCUGAAGCUCGCGGCACUGCACGGAGGCCGUCGCAGAGGUACCAGCAAAGUCAAAACCAGCCGGGCACAAAUCCGCAGCAGGAGUCGCCCGAGAACAAUAAGGAGAGGAAGGAAUUACCAGAAGAAGACUGCAUGCAGCUAAACCCAUCAUUCAAAGGCAUCGCAAUGAACUCUCUACUGGCCAUUGAUAUCUGCAUGUCUAAACGGCUCGGCGUGUGCGCGCACACUACGUCGUCGUGGGGGAGCGUGCGCUCUAUGGUCAAGCUGCUUGCUCUCACUGGUCAUGGCAUCCCUUGGAUCUUCGGGACAAUUGUGUGUCUUACGAGAAGCAACACGUUGGCGGGUCAAGAGGUUUUGGUCAAUUUGCUGCUAGCACUCUUACUGGAUGUGAUGACUGUGGCAGGCAUGCAGAAGUUGGUGAAGCGCAAAGGGCCAUGGGAAAUGGCGCCUAGUUUCCUUGACUACCUGGCCAUGGACAUCUAUUCUUUCCCAGCAGCCCAUGCAAGCCGAGCAGUCAUGGUAUCUAAAUUCCUGUUGGCACACUUGGUCCUUGCAGUUCCUCUUCGUAUUUUGCUUGUCUUAUGGGCAGUCCUAGUUGGCAUGUCCCGUGUGUUCCUGGGUCGUCACCAUCUGACAGACGUCGGAUGUGGCUUUGCCUUGGGAUUCCUUCAUCACAAUUUAGUGGAGAUGGUGUGGCUGUCCUCCAACACUUGUCAGACUCUAAUAUCCAUUGGAGCAUUCAACUGGAGCCCCCUCUACUGAACAGUGCGUGUAUUUAGAAGGAUUUCAAAAGUUGCAGUGCUUUUUUAAUUUUUUGUCCAUUCAUGUCAGUUGCCCUACAUCUAUUCUAAAAAGUGUGUGAUAGAAACAUGUACAUUUAUAAAACAUUACCCUGAGCAGCACACAUCCAUAAUCUUGAUCUGAUCAUUAGGGCUCAAGCCCAAAGGGCGAGAGGCCUAUUGUUUUCCUUAGGAUUAUUUUUUAUUAUUAUUAUUAUUAUUAUUAUUAUUAUUAUUAUUAUUUUUUUCCAACGUCUCGGGGGCUUUUGGGGCCCUUAACGUGCUUAAAAAGUCUUGAAAAUUGGCACACAGAUUGGAACCUGCGGCCAUUAGGGCCGGGCAGAGACUGAUACACGGGCGUGGCACAGGGGCUCUACAGCGCCCCCUGGAAUAUGGAGGGCCAUAUAUCAUACAUUCUUGCUCGUAGACGUAUGAAACUCGGUACACAUAUAAAUCUCAUCAAUCCAAACAACUUUUGUAUUGCAUAUCAUAGGCUCCGCCCAACAGGAAGUUGGCUAUUUAGGGUUUAGUAUUCAAAUUUUUCGUCAAAGUUGUGGGGGCUUUUGGGGUCCUUAACAUACUCAAAAACUCUUGAAAAUUUGCGCACACUUUGGAAUCUGUGGCCUUUAGGAGCCUGCAGAGGCUGGGACCCGGGCGUGGCACAGGGGCUCUACGGCGCCCCCUGGAACACAGUCAGAAAUGUUGAUGUAUAGCUCACACAUACUUGCACAUAUUCAUAUGAAACUCAGUACACAUAUAGAUCUCAUCGUGCCGAACAACUUUCGUAUUGCAUGUCAUAGGCUCCGCCCAACAGGAAGUCAGCUAUUUAGAGUUAUGUAAAAAGCGCAUGCUCUGGAAUUUGAAAUACUUGUCAUAGGUUUUUUUCUCGAUUGCCGCCAAACUCGGUCAACAUGAUCUCAAGACACUGGGGAUGAAAAAUUGCCAGGGGAUUUUUGAUAUCUCGAACGGUUUGCUCGUGGCGAGGCGUUGAAAUUAUGGCGAGAAAUGAGAAACAGGAAGUGUCUAAUACCGUCCACAUACAUUUCCUGAUUUUAAUCAAACUUCAUCAGAUUAUUCGUUGUAUGAUGUCGAUCGCAUAUAUGUGACUAUUAGGAGUCAAAGUUAUAGCGCCACCAACUGGCAGAAGGAAGUGUGUCAUUUUCAAAAUGAUUUGAAUUCAGCAUCUUAUUAUUACUCGAUUUGCUUCAAACUUCAUCAGAAUAAUGUUAAAACACAGCCGAUAUAAAUCUGCAAGGGGGAUAUUGAUAUCUAAAAAAUUGUUGGCGUGGCAACAUGUCAAACUGGAAUACUUCUCAGGUGAUUUUGAGGCAAAUAACAUACUUAGAAUUUCACAAAACUCUGAACACACAUCAGUAUUUCUGAUAGGAACUUAAAUUGUGAAUGGAUUUUGGAUAGCUUGAAUGGUUUUGCCGUGGUGAUUUUUUUAAAUGACCUUACAAAGGGAAUCAUUAUUGUAUUUUUAAAUUGCAGCUUCCAAACACGUCAAAUAAUUUUUUCAUACAGAUGAAAAAGUCAUUCUGAGGAAAUAUGCAUAGUUUAACGACUUUACAACACUGUAUGGAUAACAGAAAAUUAAAAAACUGUCAGACAUCUCA